GUCAUAUUCCUGGACUGUAUCCGACGUUUAACAGUCUUUAUCUGUAAAGCUUGCUAUAUCCCAUCUUGCCCUACCAUGCCCCUUCCAGUUUCGCGUGCUCAAGGUUAGGGUUUAGUCUUGAUGAUGAAGCCGUCAACGGCUGUUUCUCUCGAUCGGCUAGGCUGAGCAGUGAGCAGUAUGCUAUCUCCGAUGCCUCGGUUCUGCUGGGUUUUAUUUGAGAGCAAUGUUUGGGGAUCGACUCGGCAGCGAUGGAGGCAGUAACAGCGGGCUCAGCCCGUUUCCGGCCUCUCCUCCGCAGCUGCAAUACCGUACGGAAAGCAGCAGCAUCUAGUUCAAAUGCUGGAAAGCUUGGUGUUUGCGGAACCAAGCAAGCCGGCCUACGCCGCAAGAGACAACGGGAAGCUGAAGGUCGGCCAGUUAGUGCCAAAUCUGAUUCCCUCAUCAGCGAUAUCCCCGAUAGUCUCCUCAUCUACAUUCUGCAACGCCUUCCGAAUCCCAGAUCGGUUUGUGCGUGCAAAUCCGUCUGCAAGCGUUGGAACCUGCUCAUCUCCGAUCCCGACACCCUCCAUCAGUUGGUUUCUCGCCACAGGAUCAACCUGACCGGCGAAAUGGAGGAGAGGCGACCUCUGUUGAUCUAUUUCGAUCGGCCCCAAACACACGAAUCAAUCGUGAGGAGCAUCGUUCCUUCACAUUUCCUCUCCAACAAUGAUGACCGCCACACUAUCCAAGUCAUCUCGUGCUGCAACGACUUGCUCCUGUGCGGGAGGAUUAGACCUAAAAACAGGUACCGCAGGAGGUUCUUUGUCUGCAAUCCGUUUACAAAGCAUUGUGUCACACUCCCUCUGGUCCCUCGACACCUCACAUGUCGCGAAGGGUUCUACUUUGGAACUCAUCGUUCGGGUACCGAGAUGGAGGCAUCCCUAAUUGGAUUUGUUUGCGAACCCUGCUUUUAUUAUGAUGAUGCAUCUAGCAGUAGUAGUCAUGUGGGGACAACGCUGCUGAAGAAUCCCAAGUUUCGAUUCCGUGUAGUGUUCUUUUUCAAAAGUCGUAAUGGUCUUGGAGUGACCACCUUCUGCUCUGAGUCGUGGGAGUGGAAGUUCUCUAGUUAUGGAUAUCAGGAAGUGGAGGUUGAAGAAACAGUUAUACCUCCCACCGCACCCUAUAUUGGCAUCGGCAGUGCUCAUUCUACCUCUACUUCAGCAGGGACGAAGCUAUUUUGGAAGACUGCGCAAGCCAAGGUUGCUGUUUACGAUCCUUUCAGCGAGCAAAGUCCACCACAGAUCAAUUUGGUUGAUUGUUCUCAUUUAUGGUCCAAUGAUAUUGUUAACAACAAUUUCUUGGUUGGAGUUUCCCAAGGCUUUUUGCGUGGGAUGGUGUUUCCACGCCCAGGUCCAUCAACCUACAACAAAGAUGGAUUCUUUAGUCUCUGGAAGCUGGGAGAGGACCAGGACUUGGUGGGCGGCUAUAGAUGGAGUUUGGACUAUCAGGUGUCCAUGCGAGUGUUAUACAACGUUAUUGUCCGACGACAUAAAAUGAACAAGAUAGAAGGAGGAAGGAGGAAGAAGACACGGUUGGGGGUACUGGGUGUUCACCCAAGCAGGCCAGAGGUCAUCUAUUUUGAGUGUCGUGAUUAUGCUAAAAAGCAUAAUCACGACCCUUUCUUCUUUGAUUUCAAUCAUCACUUCAGAGAUGGUCGCAUUGGCGACCUGAAACUGCCUGAGGAUUAUUCUUACGAUCCUAUUUAUGUUGUCCCCUUUGAUGUGCUUAGGCACAAGGUAGUGGGAGAGAUUAUACCGAUUGCUGAUAUUAAUGCGACCCAUCUUAGGUUUAAAUAUUGGGGCAGGUUUGGAGUAGGUGAUCCAAUCGGCUGGGCUGUAUUCCAGCCUUCGAUUCCUUUUUGGCCGACUCCAAUUCCAGUGCCAGGUAAAGAAUCGCUCUCCUAUUGUGGUGAACAUAUAUCCUGUUUUUAUUACUAGAGUAAGUAUUGUGUGCAUAUUCGUGAAGUAUGCUGCCUUGUUUAGACAACGUGCUUGAGAUAGAGUUGUCUAACAACGUUGCAAAUGUUAAUUAAUGUAAAUCCCCUUGACUUGGCUUUGUUAUGGUCUGGAAGAUGUUGCAACCGAAUUUGCUGAAGAACCAGAGGAGAACAUCAAGGAGGGUACUUUGGGAUUCAUGUACAGUGUCUGGUGACACAACUGAUAAACUAAGCAUAGAUCUAGACGAGCAGCAGAGUGUGCUGUGGUUCGUCAUCAAGAAUAGCGGAGUAUGGCUAGCUUACGGUACUGAGGCAUGGAGGAAAUCUAGAGUGAAGGUGUGAACGAGUUAUUGUUGUAUGGUUCCGGUGCUGCAAUGAUAGUGUUAUUUAUGGAGUUGUGGUUAUGUAGACGGAUGUGUAUGAUAUAUGAUACUCGUGCAUAUCUACCUUUGCGUUCUGCCUUUUUCAGUUCCUGGUAAUGUAGUAAAACCUUCUACUGGUUGCUAAAAUUGAUAUUGCCCUCUGAAUUCCUUCUACAGUUGAUCUU